ACCCACAUUUAAUUUUCUUUAACGAUCUCCUAAAACGCUCCAGUUUUCAACAAAUCCCAUUUGGAGUAGUUCAAAUUCGGAGCUUUGAAAAGCUAACUUUUCUCGGCUUAUCUUUGUACAUUCACUGGGAUUGUUAGUUGUUCGAAAACGGAGCUUUGAAAGGUAAUUUUUUUUGCUUCUCUUCGUACAUUGACUGUUAUUGUUAUAUUUGUUCUUCUCUACAAAGUAAUGAAUAUGGAAAUCCCAUUGUCACGGUACCAAAACAUGCCACUGGAUGAGAUUCAAAUGUGUUGUAGCUUUCCUUGUUCACGGACAGACCCUAGAAGUUUUAAAGAAAAAGCUUUGUUUUGUGGGUAUGGUUUAGUCUACAGAAGAAAAGGUAGAACCCCAUGUAAUCAGAUAAGGUGUUCUUUUUUAGAACAAGGGUUAAAACCACGACCCAUGUUGAAACCUUUGAAAAUCGACGGUGAUGUAAAGAAAGAAACUAAUUUGGAGGAAACCCAUAUCAGAAAUUCUAGUUCAGGACUUUGUGCUCAGAUAGAGAAGUUAGUCUUACACAGAAGGUACCAAGAGGCACUUGAAUUGUUUGAGAUUUUGGAAUGUGAGGGUGAUUAUGAUGUGGGUAGUAGCACAUAUGAUGCGUUGGUGAGUGCUUGUAUUGGGUUGAAAUCAAUCCGAGGGGUUAAGAGAGUUUUCAAUCAUCUGAUAUAUAGUGAAUUUGAGGCAGAUCAGUAUAUGAGGAACAGGAUGUUAUUGAUGCAUGUGAAAUGUGGGAUGAUGAUUGAUGCACAUAAAUUAUUUGAUGAUAUGCCUGAAAGGAAUUUGGUUUCUUGGAAUACAAUCAUUGGGGGGCUCGUAGAAUCUGGAACUACACAGCAGCAUUUCGGUUGUUUCUAGAGAUGUGGAAUGAAUUUUCUGAUGCAGGGCCUCGCACAUUUGCUACAAUGAUUCGAGCGUCUGCUGGUUUGGAAAUUAUUUUUCCCGGAAGACAAUUGCAUUCAUGUGCUUUGAAGAUGGGUGUAGAUAGAGAUAUUUUUGUAUCUUGUGCGCUGAUUGACAUGUAUAGCAAGUGUGGGAGCAUUGAGGAUGCUCAUUGUGUUUUUUAUGAGAUGCCGAAGAAAACUACUGUAGGAUGGAAUUCUAUUAUCGCAGGGUAUGCACUUCAUGGUUAUAGUGAGGAAGCUUUGAGUUUGUACUAUGAAAUGCAAGAUUCUGGCGUCAAAAUGGACCAUUUCACAUUCUCAAUAAUUAUAAGAGUGUGUACGAGGUUAGCUUCACUAGAACAUGCCAAACAAGCUCAUGCAGGGCUUGUUCGUUAUGGUUUUGGGUUAGAUAUAGUAGCUAAUACAGCACUUGUGGACUUCUAUAGCAAAUGGGGAAGGAUUGAAGAUGCACGGAAUGUUUUUGAGCGGAUGCCUAACAAGAAUGUCAUAUCUUGGAAUGCCUUAAUUGCUGGAUACGGUAAUCAUGGUAGGGGAAUUGAGGCGGUUGAGUUAUUUGAGCGAAUGGUUCUUCAAGGAAUGGUACCCAAUCAUGUUACUUUUCUUGCUGUUUUAUCUGCUUGUAGCUAUUCUGGUUUAUCAGAUCAUGGGUGGGACAUAUUUGAAUCAAUGAAUAGGGAUCACAAGGUCAAGCCCCGUGCAAUGCACUAUGCGUGUAUGAUUGAAUUAUUAGGUCGGGAAGGGCUUUUGGAUGAAGCUUUUGCAUUAAUAAGAGAUGCUCCAUUUAGGCCCACAGUGAAUAUGUGGGCUGCCUUGCUUACAGCUUGUAGGAUCAACAAGAAUUUGGUGCUUGGAAAAUUUGCAGCCGAGAAUAUUUAUGGGAUGGAACCAGAAAAGCUUAGUAAUUAUGUUAUGCUUUUGAAUAUAUACAACAGUUCUGGAAAGUUACAGGAAGCUGCUGCCGUCGUCCAAACUUUGAAAAGGAAGGGUUUGAGGAUGUUGCCUGCAUGCACUUGGAUAGAAAUUAAGAAGCAGCAACAUGUGUUCCUCUCUGGAGAUAAGUGCCACAUCCAAACCAAAGAGAUUUAUGAGAAAUUAGACAAACUGAUGCAGGAGAUUUCAAAACGUGGUUAUGUUCCUGAGGGAAAAUCUUUGCUUCCUGAUGUGGAUGCACGGGAAGAGCGAAUGUUAUUGUAUCACAGUGAAAAAUUGGCAAUUUCUUUUGGGCUGAUCAACACUUCCAAUUCAACACCAUUGCAUCUUGUGCAGAAUCACCGGCUUUGCAGUGACUGCCACAAUGCGAUCAAGUUAAUAGCAAUGGUUACAGGUCGAGAAAUUGUUGUAAGAGAUGGCAGUAGAUUCCACCGUUUCAAAAAUGGGAGUUGUUCUUGUGGUGAUUACUGGUGAUGUUAAUUUUAUUUAAUAUAUGACCAGAGAUGGCAGUAGAAAUUGUUUUGCUUUUGUUUUUUUUGAUAUAAUCAAUGGUAUAAUAAAUGACGUAUACGUUGUAAUUGUUGUUUUCA